AAUUCCAGAACUAAUCGAGGUAUCAAAGGAUUGCAUGAUAAAUACACAUAUUGAUGUUUAUGAUGUUGCAUAAUGUUGUUUGCAACCGUAUAUAAAAUUUGAUUGUCAACCGACACUUAAUCUUUAGGAAGACUAUAUAAAAGCAAGCGCGCUCAAUAAAAUAAUAGCAUAUUUUGACGGAAAAAUGUGGAUUUUCAAGCUUCUUGUUUUUUGCAUAUUUUUAAUAUGCACGACAGCGGAGGAAGAAAUUAAUCUUGAAAUUCGCCAAGGAAAGCUGAAGGGUUUAAAAGCAAUUACAAUAACGGACAAUAAACCUUAUUUCAGCUUUAAGGGAAUUCCAUACGCUCAACCCAAUGUUGGACUAAAUAAAUUUCGAGCACCGGAGCCACCAGAGCCUUGGCAGGGAGUUUUAGAUGCAACGAAACAUGGCUCGACAUGUGUCUUUUAUUGUCAUAUUCGCAAGGGAUUAUUUGGAGAUGAAGAUUGCCUCUUUCUCAAUGUCUAUACACCGACUCUGGAUAAAAAUGCUCGAAAAGCUGUUAUUGUAUUUUUUCAUCGAGGCGCUUUCAAUGCCGGCUCGGGAGAUGAUGAUCUCUUUGGUCCAGAUUUUCUCAUCGACGAUGACGUCAUUCUCGUCACUUUGAACUACAGACUCGGUGCACUAGGUUUCUUAAGUACUGGCGACGCUAACGCUCCGGGAAAUGUUGGUUUAAAGGAUCAGGUAAUGGCCCUUCGGUGGGUUAAGGAAAAUAUCCAGAAAUUCGGUGGUUGUCCGAAUAGAGUUUCAAUUGCGGGAGUUAGCGUCGGUUCAUCUUCUGUUCAUUAUCAUAUGCUUUCGCCAAUGUCAAAAGGAUUAUUUAAAAGUGCCAUUAUGCAGAGUGGAACUGCUUUGGGCGGUUAUGCAAUCGCUCACGAUGGUAAGGAAAUGUCCUUCAAAUUGGGCGAACAUUUGGGAGUGAAAACCACCGAUUCUGCAGAACUUGUUAAAAAAUUGGCAGAAUUUACAGCGAAACAACUUGUCGACGCGACUAUGGAAAUUGAGAAAAAUUUGAAUUCAUUGAAAGGUCGAAUGCAUGCGUUUGUGCCUGUAGUUGAGCCACAAGCCGGCCAGGAAGUAUUUUUGCCAACCGAUCCGUGGGAGAUGAUGAAAUCCGGCAGUUUUGCCGAUGUGCCCUUAAUUAUUGGCUACGCUUUAGACGAAAUGAUUUUUAUGACGAAAGAAUUCCUCCCAAAGGCAGACGAACUUAAUAAUCAUUUGGAGUUAUUUGUGCCAGACAGUUUAAAUAUUACAGACGAUGGAAAACUCAAGGAAAUUUCAGAAUCAAUAAGAAAAUUCUAUUUUGAUGGAAAGGCUUUAACUUCAAAAAGUGUUUCAGAAUUUACAAAGUUAACAAGUGACGUUUAUUUCACUUACGGAGUUGCAAUUAUGACAAAAAUGAUGGCAGCGAAAAAUAAACGACCAAUUUAUGAAUAUUUAUUUUCUUAUAAUUCAACAGCUGGUUUCGUGAAAACUUUUUUAAAAGUUGAAGAAGCUGGAGUGUCGCACGGUGACGAUUUGGCUUACGAAUUUUAUUCCAAGUAUUUUAAUAACAAGCCAGAACCGGGUUCACCUGAUGAGAAAAUGAAAAAAACUUUUACGAAAUUAUGGACGAAUUUUGUUAAAAAUAGGAAUCCUACGAACAAAUUGGACGAUGAUAUUACGGUAAAUUGGGAGCCCUUAGGUCCCGAAGGAAAUUACAUGAAUAUCAAUUUGCCUCUGAAAAUGGAGAAAGGUCUUUACAAAGACCGAGAGAGUUUUUGGGUCAAUAUUUACAGAGACAUAUUAGGAGAACAUGUAAAGCUAUUUGAAUAAGUAGAUUAUUUUAAAUUUCACAAUUUAAUUUAUUUCUCCUGAUAAUAAAAGAAUAGGUGUUUAAUAAAAUUAAUAUAAAUAAUUAUUAAUAAUUAAUAGUGUGU